CCUCAUUGUAUGUACACUUGUGUUGUCUACACGGCACUGGAUAGGUUCAUUCACGCUGUGUACAGUGCCUACUAUAUUGUCAGCUCAGAUAUAUAAAAGAAAAUAAAUAAAACAGCAGCUCUGUCAGCAGAUUAGAGCCUAUUGUAUGGGUAAGAGGAAAAUAAGGAGAGAAAAUCAGAGGAGGAGGACGCCGCCGCAGAGUGACUGGAGCAAGUGUUCAGACACUCCAUCCGUCCAUCUGUCCAUCUUAUAAAUGCACUGUGGCUACGCUUUCUGGGAGAAAAAGUCCCGACCCCCCUUCCCUCCUUCCUCCUUCUCCUCCUCCUCCUCCUCCUCUUCCUCCCCUCCUUCCCUCCCCUCCACCAGCAGAAGGUGUGAGAGAGCGAGAGUUGGACAAAGCCGGACGGUGAGGGCCCGAUGAUCCUGCGGCCCGCUGGUCAAAAUUCCACACACACAGGGCAGACUAAGUAAACCUGUGCCAAGCUGUGUUGGCCAGUCCCAGAGGCCUGGUGGAGGAGAGCUGUGACCCGCCCGCCCCUGAGAUGCCCUCGCUGCCCAACGAUGGAGAGGAUCAAAGGACGUCCCCCGAGAAUGUGCCGCCUGCGCUGUCCAAUCAGAAUGGCGUGAAGAGGAAGGUGCGCACCAAGAAGAAGAAAGGCGUCAUCACUGCCAAUGUGGCAGGAACCAAAUAUGAGAUAGUUCGUAUUGCAAUCAGGGAGAUCGACUUCCAUAAAACCAGAGACGAGGAUGAAACAGCUAACCUCAUCUGGAACGACUCUGCCGUACAGCAUGAGAAAAUCGCUGAGCUCAGGAACUACCAGAGAAUUAACCAUUUCCCAGGAAUGGGGGAGAUCUGUCGGAAAGACUGUCUGGCAAGGAACAUGGCCAAGAUGAUUAAAAUCCAGCCUCAGGAAUACUCCUUCUCCCCCAAAACCUGGAUCUUCCCGGCUGAGUACACUCAGUUCCAGAACUACGUGAAGGAGCUGCGACGCAAGCGGAAGCAGAAGACGUUUAUCGUGAAGCCCGCCAACGGAGCCAUGGGUCACGGGAUCUCGCUUAUUCGGAAUUGCGAGAAACUCCCGGCUCAGGACCACUUCAUCGUGCAGGAGUACUUGGACAAGCCCUUCCUGAUGGAGGGCUACAAGUUUGACCUGCGCAUCUACAUCCUGGUCACUUCCUGCGAUCCUCUGCGCAUCUUCCUCUACAACGAUGGCCUGGUGCGGAUGGGCACGGAGAAGUACCACACCCCCAAUGACUCCAAUCUGAGCCAACUCUACAUGCACCUGACCAAUUACUCCGUAAACAAACACAACGAGAACUUUGAGCGGGACGAGACAGUGGACAAAGGCAGCAAGAGAUCCAUUGGCUGGUUCACAGAGUUUCUCCGCACCAACGACUACGAUGUUGCCAAAUUUUGGGGAGACGUUUCUGAGCUGGUGGUGAAGACGCUGAUCGUGGCCGAGCCUCACGUCCUGCACGCUUACCGCAUGUGUCGUCCGGGGCAACCACCAGGGAGCGACAGUGUCUGUUUCGAGGUCCUGGGCUUUGACAUCAUCCUGGACCGCAAGCUCAAGCCCUGGCUGCUGGAGAUCAAUCGAGCGCCGAGUUUCGGGACCGAUCAGAAGAUUGAUUAUGAUGUGAAGAAGGGGGUCUUGCUGAACGCCCUGAAACUGCUGAACGUCAGAGCGAGUGAUAAGCGGCGGAACCUGGCCCAGCAGAAGGCUGAAGCUCAGCGGCGUCUUUACGGGCAAGGCUCCAUGAAGAAGCUGUCGGCCGGCUCCUCCGAAUGGGAGAAGCAGCGCCUCACGCUGGAGCGGAGGAAAGAGGAGCUGAAAGAACGGCUGGCCCAGGUUCGCAAGCAGAUCUCCCGGGAGGAGCAUGAAAAGCGUCAUCUGGGGAACUACAGACGUAUUUACCCCCCAGAUGACAAGCUGCUCUUGGAGAAGUAUGAGGGUCUCCUCUCGGCUGCUUUUCAGACGUUCCUCGCUGGGCGAGCGGCCUCACUUCAAAAGGAAAUGAAUAAUCCUCUGAAACGAAUGAAGGAAGAAGAUAUUUUAGACCUGCUGGAGCAGUGCGAGCUGGACGACGAGAAGCUGAUGGGCAAGACGUCCAGACAGCGGGGGCCAAAGGCCUUGUCCUCCAUGCCUGAGAGCGCCCAGGUGCCCAGGAGGCAGCGCGACUACGAGGACACCUCGGGCAGCUGCGCCGGAAGCAGCACUUCGGGGUCGGACGCCGACGAAGAAGAGGAGAGCGCCAACGACCUCCAGGAGAAGAAGGUCUCUCUGGAGGUCGGCGAGAACAAGCAGAAGUCCUCGGAGCGCUCCAGCCGAGUGCACUGGAAGCCUUCACCCAAGCCGGUCAGAUCGAGCUCAGCGUCCUCUCCGGCUCUUUCUAGUCUCAUCCGUCGCUCAGUCUCCUGCCCGCGAUCCAUCUCCUCGCUGACCGCCCAGUCGCCCACCAACGAGGGCAGGAGUCCGGUGCUAAAGUCCAGCGCCAAUGUCGUCAUGGCCCAGGCAGCAGCCUCAUCUCCGCCCACGCCUACAGCCCGACCACACACGGCUCUGCGCUCACACUCUCUCAGCCGAAACAGCUCCGCCCACAGAGUGCCCCACAGCAGCAGUCUGGGCACCAUUCACUCCAACAUGGGAGAGUCCCUGCUGAACGUGAGGACGAAGGAGCAGGAGGCGGAGCUGACGCGGCAGACGCUGGCCGCGCUCGGGGAGAUGCGAAUCCGAUUCCCAGGGAAGAGCGAGGAGGAAGCGGAGGCCGUACUGAACGAGAUUUUGAACAACUGGAAAUACCAUAAACCAAAAGUGGCUUCUUACUGGCUGGUGAAGUUGGACGCCACCAAACAAAGAAAGGUCCUGGACAUUGUCCGCACCAACGUCCGCUCGGUGCUGCAGAGGAUCUGGAGGGAGCCCGACGUCGACAGUUUACGUCUCUACCGCCUUUUCAGUCGUGUCUUCAAUCGUCUGCUCUGGAGUCAUGGUCAAGGCCUGUGGAACUGUUUCUGCAGCUCUGGCAGGUCAUCCUGGGAGAGCAUCUUCAGUAAGAGCAGUGAGGUGGUGACGACGCAGGAGCUGCAGUGCUGCCAGCGUUUGGUGCAGCUCUGCCGCGACUGCCUGCUCGUGGUCUACAAGUUCGUGUCCGACUCGCACGGCUCGCUAACCGGCCUGAGCCCCGAGUGGGACGAUACCAGGUAUCUGCUGCCAGUGACCUCCCAGUUCAUCAUCAAGUGGCCUUCCUCCAGCUUUGGCCGGAACGUGGCCUCCGCCGCCGCGCCGCGCUCUCGCAGCCUCUUCACCACCCGCAUGGGCCACUUCUGAUGCUCCGCCGGGUCCCUCGCUGCCUCCCGAGGAGGAAAAGGGGACCGGAUUCGAUUCCUCUCACCGCACCGCAGCUAACCGCCGACACCACCCCCCCUCUCCCUUCCCUCUCCAACCCUCCUCCUCAUGGGAGCCACGCUAACUCUGGAAGCAUAUGAAAAGGGAUUUGCCAGUCCGCCCCGUUAGUUCGCGUUUGUUGGCACAUCAGAUGCAGACGAUUAGGCAGUCUCUCUCCCUCCAGCUCGGUCUUUCCCUGUGGAUCUGCUGUAAAAUAGCCGUCUGCUGUACAGUGAUCGCCCAUACUGAUACUGUAAAAUAACACUUCGCCCUUCUUCGGAUCCGUGCCCGAGACUGCGAAAUAAUUCCACCAAUAACUUCAUUAAAAUAAGUGAAUGCUUCAGUGAAAUGUAGACGGAAUGGAUUUAGUGCGUAUGCUGUUUGUCAAUGAUGAAAGCCAAACCUAAAAAAAAAAAAAAAACUACUGUUUUUCGUUUUUUUUUUUUUUUUUUUUUUUACUGCUGCUGCUACUGCUGAUUAUAUUGAUGAUGAUUAAAAUGAUGACGAUGAUGAUAAUAAUGAUGAUAUUGUAUGAUGAUAUGUUUGCAAGCUUUUUUUGCUGUUUCUUUUUUAUUGUCUUUUUAUUUGACUUGAAAUGAUUUUGCAUUCAUGCCUAGUCCGAUAUGCUUUAAUCUUUUAUUCUUAAUUUUUUACUGUCACUUUACAUUACUUUUUAUCAUAGUUUUAAUGCAUAUUUAUCUUGAAAGCAGUUCAAGAAUAUCAGCACAGAGGAGUGUUUUUUUAAGGUGGCUUUGCUCUUUUUUUUUUUUUCUUUUUUUUUUUUCGGAAAGGCCAAAUUCUCUCCUGAUAAGUUUUUUUGGUUUGAUUUAUUACAUUUUUUGUAAGGCUUCCCUUGUUCUUUAAAUUGGCUUUUUUUUGUUUUCAGUCAUGUAAUAAUGAGCCAAUCUUAACCUCAGUGAAUGUCGUGUUUGAUAUGCAUCCCUGCGGUCGGGGCAAAGCUUCCGUCCUGCGGCUCUGCGGCCGAUAGCGCAGCGGCGCUCGUUUGUGCAUGUUUAGAUACAGUCCUUUAAAAGUUGUGCGCUGACGUUUGCUGACGAAGAGGAAACGACUGCACAUCAGAAAUACUUGAAUUUAUUUAUGUGAUUCUAUUUAUUUUAUUUAAGAUGUCUUUCGGUUUACACACGUUACACUACUGAUUUAAGAUUUUAAAACAUUGUAUUGUCAGUUGUGUUUAUUAUUAUAAGUAUAUAAGUAUAAUAGGAUUUUUUUUAUUGCAUUUUAGAAAAGUAUUUGGUUUAUUGGAAUGAUUAUGAAUUGAAAAAUGAAAUGAUGAAUGAAGUUAGUACUAACUGCAGAGCUUUGCUUUGUAUCUAGAUAGAGAUAAAAAAAAAUAAAAAUAACUAACUGCCAUGUUGGUGUUUUAGCAGCUAUGCCCCUAUAUUUUGUCAGCCCUCAUGCAAGUGCCAGCGCAGACUGUGGCGUGCCAACACUAAGCACAACCAGUAAUGUGUUAAAAAGACUUGUUACUAAUUAAAUAGAAUGCUCUGUAUGACAGUAGGUAGUGUUAGAAUUGUAAGAAUUGGAGGAAGCUCCCAGUAGUUCAUAUUCAGGUAGAAUGUGUCCCUGUAAAUGCUAAAAUCUGCGGGCUGAUUGUUGUCAUUUUUUUGUUUGUUUGUUUGGUUUUAUUUUGUUGUUUUCUCCAGAAACAGUAUUCUUUGCCAUGCAACAUGUUUUUUUUCUAAAGAAUAUGAAGAUCAUGAUAAGUCUAUGCUAAUAAAACCAUUUAUUUCUCCUUUAGCUUCAUUUCACAAUGCCAAAUAUCAUUUUAUGCCUGGAAUUUUUUUAUUCCGGGUGAUGAUUUUUAAGUUUAAUAGCAAUAAAAAACCCUUAAAAACA